UUAUCCACUCUUAAACUCCCUCCCUUUCUCCAUUUUCAUUAUCACCUCUCUCAGAAAAUCAACAACAAGACUCUUCUUUCAAGUUCUGAGAAUGUCUUCCAAUACAUUGAUGAGCUGUGGCAUUGCCACCACCGCCUUCCCUUCAGUUCUCUCCUCUUCUAAAUCUAAGUUUGCUACUGCUGUUUCACUUCCUUGUUCUACUGUCAAUGCUACUUCACGCUUCUCCAUGUCUGCCGACUGGAUGCCCGGCCAGCCCCGCCCUCCUUACCUUGACGGUUCAGCUCCAGGUGACUUUGGAUUUGACCCCCUUCGGCUCGGUGAGGUUCCCGAGAAUCUUGAGAGAUAUAAGGAAUCUGAACUCAUUCACUGCAGAUGGGCUAUGCUUGCUGUUCCAGGGAUCCUAGUACCAGAGGCAUUAGGAUUAGGCAACUGGGUAAAGGCUCAAGAGUGGGCUGCAAUUCCUGGUGGACAAGCAACUUACUUAGGCAACCCAGUUCCAUGGGGCACUCUCCCCACCAUUUUGGUCAUUGAAUUUCUCGCCAUUGCCUUUGUGGAGCACCAACGCAGCAUGGAGAAAGACACCGAGAAGAAGAAGUAUCCUGGUGGUGCGUUUGACCCCUUGGGAUUCUCCAAGGACCCCCAGAAGUUUGAGGAGUACAAGGUUAAAGAGAUAAAAAAUGGUCGCCUUGCAUUGUUGGCAUUCGUGGGGUUCUGCGUGCAACAAUCGGCUUAUCCAGGCACAGGACCAUUGGAGAACUUGGCAACUCACUUGGCUGAUCCAUGGCACAACAACAUUGGGAACGUUAUCAUCCCCAGAGGGCUUAUGCCGAAUUAAUCUUUCAUCCAUAUCCACUGUAAAAUUACAUCUAAUGAAACAGUUUUCAUGUAUUUUGACUCUCAAGAUUGGAAGUAAUUUUCUACCAAUAUCUUGUAAUAUUUGAAGUACAACUACUAUUGUGGUUUAUGGCAUAAUAAUCGAAUUGCGUAUUAUAUCA